AUGCCCUUAACAGUAGCACGAUAUUUCACGCUGCUUCUGUACUUGGUCCUUGUCCCCGUCCCCCAGUGUGGAGUGACCAGAGCAGAGGCGCAUCUUGCCCACUUCUCUGCUGCCCUCACAGAUAUCAGCAGGAGUUCAUUUUAUUCGAAGAUAAAGGGGAUAAAAACUAGUGUCUCACUACCCGGCUGCCUGUUUGAGGAUGACCUUUGCAAAUCUUUUGAAAUCUGUGUAAAUGAUGGAAUAUUUGGGAGAUGUCAGCGAGUGCCAGUAAUAGACAUCUAUAAAUAUGACAUUUCACCCCCUGUUCUUCAGCGCCUAAGGAUCAUCCUGGAGCAGCUCUCACACAGAGGUUUUACCUGGCAAGAUGAUUAUACACAGCAUGUUAUUGGUCAGGAACUCUCAACCAUUCACAAAAUCCACAACAAGCGCCCUGAUAUAUUUGCAUCUGAAGGAUCUGACACAGGAAGGACUUUGGGACAGAAUGCAGAUAAUGAAAGAAAUUAUGAUCUGGAAAAUGACGUGAACUUGGCCAAGUCUCUUCAGCAAUAUCUUAAAUAUCUCGGUAUUGUCUCCCAGUCUGCAGCUACAAAAUUGUAUCCGGGGAAGACGAAUGACAAAGCUUCUGUCAAGAGCUCCAUCUAUAAGGAUCCUAUCAGGUACUACAUGAUGCAAAAACCCAAAGAAAGAGCACCUCCUUUGGCCCAUGCAUUAACAUCCUAUCAACAGCACGCUGAAAAUCUCCAUGGGAGGACCUUCAACCAGCCUCAGCCAGACAAGUUCUCGCCGGAGUCAGAAAUGGGGCUUGACCAAAAAACGCUGAUGGCUGCACUGCAUACGUACGUCACUCAGAACUUGUCAGCCCAAAGCGAUGAUAGAAGCUCUCACAGCAGGACUAAAGGGUCCCACAUUUAUGCUGAUAGAGUCUACUCUUCGCAAGUCAGUCCUUUUGAUGGAACUUUUGCCAAAGGAAAAGCAGCAGAUUUCAAAAUGAAGAAGCUGUUGCAGCCAAGACCUGCGUCUGGAGUGCUGGGGCCAACCCCUGAGAUCCUGAAUCAUAAAUCUGCUUCCCAGGAUGAGCCAAAGGACCCUCUGAGUGUAGUGGAUGAGACACUUAUUAAAGAUGUGUUGAAGGACCUAGAGAAACACCAAGUGAAUGUGGAGAAUCUCAGCUCAACAGAACUGGAUGAGAUCGCUGAUACUAUCGCCAAUGCAAUUCAAACUGUUGGCAUUCAGGAAGAAAAAGAAAAGGGUGCUGGAAAAACUAAAGAAGACAAAACAGAAGCACAAAUGAAGAAAGGAGAUGCUCAAGGAAGGGCAGAGGUUCAGACUGGAUUAGUGGAAAACAGUGUUAAUGUACCAGACGAUGGAGUGCAUGAAGCCAGUGUGAGAACUGAUAAAGAGGAGAACACUGAAAAACUAGUUAACUUCCUGAACGAGAAUCCAUUACCUGAAAAUAUGCCUAAAGACCUUAUACCUGAAGAAUCUACUAAGACAGAAACCAAGAAAUCUGAAGACACUGACUCUUCUUCCUCAGAAGAAGUAAAUGCUGGUGUGGAAAAUGUAAAAAGUGAGACUUUCUCAAGGGAACUGACAGCUGCAAAGAACAGUGAAUCUGACACCAAAGACCAGAGCGAGACCCGCUACUGGAUUAAGAACGCUUUAAUGCAGGAUGGAAACUCCUAUGAAAAGCCUCAGAAAAAUAUGGGACAAGGCUUACAACUUGAAGUGAAGUCUUCUGAGGAGAAAGAAUACGGCUAUAUUGUGACAAUGAAAGACCCCCUGAGUGUGGAAAAGGGCUUGGAGUUAAUAAAAGAAGUGGCAGAUCUCCUGAAGCUGCAGAUGAGUGCCUUCGAUGAUGUCAACGUGCUGGGACCAGCUGUGACCUUCAGAGUGCACUCAAACCUCCAAAACGUUUCAACUGCAGAUGUUGCCAAAGCAGCAGCCAUAAACAAAGAGAAGCUUGAAAAAACAACUGGACUGAAAAUUCUGCAGACUGGUGUGGGGGAGAAAAGCAACGUCCCGCCGGUCCCGCAGCGCAGGGAAGAGGCAGAGUCCACCAAAUUCCUCCUCCUCACCCUCCUCUCCCUCGCCUGCAUCGCCGGGGUCCUGGCGGCGUCGGGGGUCGCCUACUGCCUCCGCCACCGCGCCCACCACCGCCUGAAGGAGAAGCUCUCGGCCCUGGGGGCCGACGCCGGCUCCGACGCUCCCACUGCUUAUCAGGAGCUAUGCCGUCAGCGCAUGGCAGUGAAAACGUCUGAUCGCCCGGAGCCCCUGCAUGCUUCUCGAAUAAAUAGCGUUUCUUCACAAUUUAGUGAUGGGCCCAUUCCCAGCCCCUCGGCCCGGAGCAGCACGUCGUCCUGGUGUGAGGAGCCAGUCCAGUCCAACAUGGACAUCUCCACCGGCCACAUGAUCUUGUCCUACAUGGAAGAUCACCUGAAAAACAAGAAUCGUCUGGAGAAAGAGUGGGAAGCUCUGUGUGCUUAUCAGGCUGAACCCAAUGCCACCACUGUUGCACAGCAGGAGGAAAAUAUCCAGAAGAAUCGCUCACGGGCUGUAGUACCAUAUGAUCAUUCCAGGAUAUGUCUGAAAGGUGAAAAUAGCCAUGACAAUUCAGACUACAUCAAUGCUAGCCCAAUUAUGGACCAUGACCCCCGAAACCCUGCAUAUAUUGCCACCCAGGGCCCUCUCCCUGCUACUGUCGCUGACUUCUGGCAGAUGGUCUGGGAGAACGGCUGUGUCGUUAUUGUCAUGCUGACACCCCUCGCAGAAAACGGAGUCAAACAGUGCUACCACUAUUGGCCAGACGAAGGGUCAAACCUCUACCACAUCUAUGAGGUAAACCUUGUUUCUGAGCACAUCUGGUGCGAGGAUUUCCUGGUGAGGAGCUUCUACCUGAAGAACCUGCAGACGAACGAGACCCGCACAGUGACACAGUUCCACUUCCUCAGCUGGAAUGAUCAGAGGGUUCCUGCUUCCACAAGAUCACUUCUGGAUUUCCGCAGAAAAGUAAACAAGUGCUACAGGGGUCGCUCUUGUCCAGUAGUUGUUCAUUGCAGCGAUGGUGCAGGAAGAAGUGGAACCUACAUUCUAAUUGACAUGGUUCUCAAUAAAAUGGCCAAAGGUGCUAAAGAGAUUGAUAUUGCUGCUACCCUGGAGCACUUGAGGGACCAGAGACCAGGCAUGGUCCAGACAAAGGAGCAGUUUGAGUUUGCUUUGACAGCGGUUGCAGAGGAAGUGAAUGCAAUACUCAAGGCACUUCCCCAGUGAGCGGCUCGGUCUCCCAAAGGUUCCCGCAGGAUCCAUCCCUCGUUUUCCUCAUCCUCAGUCCCUGUGAAUGUUCUUGGAAACC